ACAGUGUGCUGCGCGCAUUACGGAUACUUGUCAAUUAUUUUUUAUUUUGUUUUUCUCUGUGUUGGGACGGCGGGACGGGCUGCAAGUGCCGAAACUUUUGAAGAGAUAAUUCAUCAUGGGAAACUUUAUGGGAAAGGCACUUGAUGAGAGCUUCAACAAGAACAAGAAAUUCAUGAUAGAGAUGCAGAGCAUUCAGCUGGAGCGUCAGAUCCACAUGCAGGACCAGAUGCGGCAGCGGAUGCAAGCGCUGCAGGUGGCGCGCGCCCGCGAGCUGUUCUACUGGUGGGCCGCCUUCUACACGGUCGGCCUGGUCGGCGCCGUCGCGGUGGCACGGCGGACCGGUCGGCGCACCGCCCUGUUCCCGUUCUUCCCGCUAACGUUCAUCGUCGGAUACCAGGCCGAUCUGGCAUACGGAAACAAACUGGAACGCAUCAGAGCGGAGGCGGAGCACAUUAUGCGCUCGGAGACGGAGCUGCUGGAACCGCCGUGCGGAGUGCCCACCACCUCCGGCAUUGACGCCGCUCGCCACAAGCUCAGCGACGAGCAGAGGUACACGCGCAAGGUGCGCGACGUCUACAUGUAGUCCGUGCUGCCACCUAGUGGCGGCGGCGUAACUGCAGCUUCGCGCCGCCGCCGCCGUCCGGUGUGCUGCUGCGCCUUAUAGAAGCAUGCGUCCUGUAGCAUCCAGUAGAGAGGAUGCGUUGAUGGAAGGGAGGGAGGGUUAGCCGUGCGUCCGCCUUGCCUGCCCGGGCCUGUGGCUUAGCUGUGACGUCAUAUCGUGUGAGUGACGUCGGACCGUUUGACUGUGGCGUCCUGUCGUGUGAGAGGUCGUGUGACGUGUGUGUCUGUGUGUGUUUGUGCGUCUCUCACUGCUGACGCAGCCGUAGGUCGCCUCCAAAAGCCGGUGGUCCGGUUGGUAGUUGCAAGUUGGGUUGAUUACGUGCAUAAGCCAGAGCAGGUAUGGGCUACUUGUUAGUGAUAGCUGAUAAUGAUAGUGAUCGAGGGAAGCAAUGGUCACAGCUCACAAUUUUUUUUCACAAACUGGUGCUGUUGUCACUCAGAGUUCGUUCUAACCAACAAUGCCUGCCGAGGAUGAGUUUUAUGGCAGAGCCGGGCGGCUACCGCCUAUUAUUUGCUUCGAGUAGCACCUACGAAUAAUUCUUUAGUCGUGCUAUGUUAAACCUGGUAUUUUUCUACCUCCGUUUAGCAGUUGUUGUGUCUGGUUAUUUCCCGAUGAGCUGGCUUAGUGCUAUUGUCGGUUUAAUGAAGCUCAAACUGCCAGUAACUUUCCGGUAGAACGGUUCGAUUUCCGUCUGAACUUAAACGUACAGCAGCCCUGCGGUUUUUCUCAAGUGUUUUCCCUGUGACUAAUUUAGAAACUAUUUAGAGUUCUGUUAUUUUUCAGAGACCAUACUUUGGGUAAAGUGUAGUUAGAGCGUAUAUAUUCUAGCUGUUUAGCUCAGGCUAACUUAUGUGACUAUAAUUGUAUCUGCUAGGUGUGUUAUGCAUGGACCUAUUUCAGUCAAGUUUAUCGUUGACGUCUGAAAUCCCAGAAUAGGGUUCUGUGGAUAUGUCAAAAUUAUGUCUUAGGCGAUACCUAUGGCAUCUAGGUGCCCACACCAAUUACCAAGAUGCAUCUACGAUUGUGUUGUCUGACUAAAAUAUUGACCUUCGUUUUAAGAUUUAGUUAAGUCGUCCUAUCUUAAGCAGGGAAUAUCGUUUGUAAGGCCUGGCCUAAAACGCCUGGAAGGGGCUAGCUAACAAGUUGCCACUGCGGUGGCUGUGAUAGGGAAUGGAUGUUAGGUGCGUGUUUUAACCGUGUGCCGCCCGCCGGCGUAAUGUUAUGUGCAAUGUGCACUGAUUUGUAGAUAACCCGUGAGGUGUAAUUAAGGUUGUGGGCUGAUUUUGCAUAACUUGUUUCCAUUUGUAAUUCGAAAUACAAAUAUAUUUGCAUAUUCAUAA